AUGGCAGUUGAUACAGCAGUGCGCAUAGCGCCCUAUGAAUAUGUUCAUAUUCUGAAUCUGAACACGCAUGUAACCCGGCUUGUCCUCGGUCCCAAAACUUAUAACUGUCUUCAAGAUGAGAAGCUGGUAUUGGGUCCGGAGAAAAUGAUAUGCUUAACAAAGUCACAGUAUUGUGUUAUCAAGAAUCCAACAAUUCGGGACUCCAGAAAUCAGCCACUGCUCGAUGUAUGCGGUCAAGUAAAGAUUAAUCUCGGGGAUGAAGAUUAUCGUUUUCACCAAGACCCAUUCCCACUCUAUCCUGGAGAAAUACUUGCUAAAGGAGUACAGCCUCUCCCUAUAGUUCAACUGAACACUGCACUACGUCUUCAGGCGUUGGUUGACUUCACCGAACACGACGAGCUCAGGGUAGCUGGAGAGGAAUGGCAUUUCCACGGCCCAGCUACCUACUAUCCAAGAAAAGAAGUACAAAUUCUUGGCACGGAUGAAGCGAUCAAAAUCGAAGUGAACACAGCCCUAUGCUUACAGGCGCUAAAGGAUUGCAAGGAUCAGACGGGCACGCCGCGUACGUAUGGGCAACAAUGGCUAGUAAGCACCCCCAGAGUCUAUCUGCCUGGGCCAUAUGAAAAAGUGGUGGAAACACGCAAGGCCCACAUCCUUACGGAAACGUCACUCAGCUGUAGCACCCUUUCGGUGCCUAACUGCCAUGCCACCCAAAGGCUGCGCGAGGGCUGGGAUACUGCCAGCUUGCCCAAGCCUAGACAGAAGUCGAGAGGCAUAGGUCGGGUUCGAACCACGGACCUUCCGACUGCCUUGCAUGUGCGCGCCUUGGAGGCCCAUGUGGACGAAAUUGGCUGCAACAGACGUUACGGUGAGGAAUGGCUCAUUACUCGGACGCAAACGGCCAGCCAUAUUUGCAGCGUGCACGAAGAGGUUAUUUGCCAAGUAAAAGCAACCAUUCUCAAUGCGCAACAAUACUGUGUGAUUUUGAACCCCGUGGAUGACAAAGGUGUACCACAACUAGGGAGGCGGAAGGUUGUUCGAGGAGAGAAGACUUUCUUCCUUCAACCAGGCGAGACGUUAGAAUCCGGUGUGCGAAAUGCGCAUAUCUUACAAAGUAAUGACGGCAUGAUUUUGAGAGCAACGGAAGGGUUCUUUGACGAAACUGCUGCUUUGUCAGAAGGCAAACAUACAAAAGUGUAUCGACAGCCCGGUGUUCGAUGGCUUAUUCGUGGACCGAUGGAAUAUGUUCCACCCUUGGAGGUGACCGUUGUUGAGUUUCGCAGUGCCAUUGCACUGGACCAAAACGAAGGUGUCUACGUGCGCAACACAAGGACCGGUCAAAUUCGCGCCGUUAUCGGUGAAACAUACUUGUUGAAUGAGGAGGAAGAAUUGUGGGAGAAGAAAUUGCCGAAUGACGUUGUCCGACUAUUGCACACUGCUAAUGAGGCAACCCCUUGUGAAGAAGCGGCCAAUGACAGAGCGAUUCAGGAUGACGGGCACGUACCUAGUCAAGACUUGACCAAGGUCGUCACGUUGCGUGUGCCUCACAACGCCGCGGUACAAGUAUACGACUAUCGCGCCAAACGGGCCAGAGUAGAGUUCGGUCCGACACUAGUCAUGUUGGCACCGGAUGAACAAUUUACACAGCUUAAUCUGAGUGCCGGAAAGCCGAAAGAACCGAAUAAAAUCAAGUCCUUGUUUCUGCUGCUUGGUCCGGAUUUCAGCACAGAUGUAAUUGUGGUAGAGACAGCCGAUCAUGCUCGUUUAUCGUUGAAAUUGUCUUACAACUGGCACUUCAAUGUCCCCAAGCCCUGCUCACAAUCCGAGGCAGCAAAGCUGUUUUCGGUGCCAGAUUUCGUAGGGGACCUCUGUAAGGCAAUGGCUUCCCGUGUUCGUGGCGCUGUGGCUGCAGUUCCGUUUGACGACUUUCACAAAAACUCCGCGCGCAUUGUUCGUGCCUCCGUGUUUGGCGCGAAUCAGAACGAACAGGCGCAACAGCACUUUAUAUUUCCACAAAAUAAUUUGCACAUUACAAGCAUUGAUAUCCAGUGUGUAGAGCCGUUGGAUGCGAAGGCAAGGGAAUCCCUUGAAAAGUCCGUCCAACUUGCCAUUGAAAUUCGUACCAAGUCUUUGGAAGCAACUGCCAAACACGAAGCUGACCGUUUGGAGCAAGAAACGCUUGGAGCACUGCAGCAACAGAAAAUUUUGGACGAAGCAGCUGUUGAAGAGGCUCGGAAAAAUUUGGUGGAGAUGAGGGUUCAGCUGGCCACGUUGCAGAGCACUGGUAAGGCCAAGGCCGAAGCGCAAAGCCAUGCUGAAGCAUCAAAGAUAACCGGGGAAGCUGCUAUCGAGAGUGCGAAGUUAAAAGCGAAGGCUAAAAUAAUUGAAACGGAUGGCGAACUUUACAGAACUGAGAAAAUGAAUGAAACAGAACUGAAGUAUCUGAGUGCGAAAAACGCUGUGAUGAUGGCUUUUCGGACUGAGGAGACGGAAAUUGAAGUGAAUCGGUUCACCUCAAUGGUAGAUGCCGUGGGUGCGGACACCAUAGCUUCCAUCGCAAAUGCCGGCGCCAAUCAAGCACAGAAACUUCUGGACUGUCUGGGGUUGGAGAGUUCUUUGAUCACUAACGGGAGACAGCCGGUAAACUUGCUGGCGACAGCUCAUGGGCUGAUUGGGCAACUGGACGGGCGUUAAAACGCAUGAUUUCUGACAUCGUGAAGCUUGCUUAACCAAAAAGCUGACCUGAUCUAGGUCCUUAUUGACAAACUUGUUGGAAACUUUUUUAAGUGACAUCUUGACUUGAUUUCAAAAU